AGUCGCGCAGAGUCAGAGGGGGGCGCGAGCGGAAGUGACGGAGGUCAUUUACGCGUGGGCCGGCGUGGUUCACGCGGGUCACUUCGGCCGGGCCUGGGAAGUUCCAAGUUCGUUUGACCGACGUAAGCCGGACCUAGCUCUCGGGUCCCGAUCUCGUCGCCAAGAUGGUGAAGCCCAAAUACAAAGGACGGAGUACCAUCAACCCGUCCAAGGCCAGCACAAACCCGGAUCGAGUGCAGGGAGCAGGAGGCCAAAACAUGAGGGACCGGGCCACCAUCCGGCGCCUGAAUAUGUAUAGGCAAAAGGAGCGCAGGAACAGUCGUGGUAAAAUCAUUAAACCCCUGCAGUAUCAAUCAACGGUGGCUUCUGGCACAGUGGCAAGAGUAGAGCCAAACAUUAAAUGGUUUGGAAACACACGUGUGAUUAAGCAGUCAUCAUUACAAAAAUUUCAAGAGGAAAUGGAUACAGUUAUGAAGGAUCCAUACAAAGUUGUCAUGAAGCAAAGCAAGUUACCAAUGUCUCUUCUCCAUGAUCGCAUCCGGCCUCAUAACUUGAAGGUGCACAUUCUUGAUACUGAAAGUUUUGAGAGUACAUUUGGCCCUAAGUCACAGAGGAAGCGACCAAACUUAUUUACAAGUGAUAUGCAGUCUCUUAUAGAAAAUGCUGAGAUGUCCACUGAGAGCUAUGACCAGGGCAAGGAUCGUGAUUUGGUAACUGAAGAUACUGGUGUAAGAAAUGAAGCUCAAGAAGAGAUCUAUAAAAAGGGACAGUCCAAGAGAAUAUGGGGUGAACUCUACAAGGUGAUAGAUUCAUCAGAUGUUGUAGUUCAAGUUCUUGAUGCGAGAGAUCCAAUGGGUACUCGUUCCCCUCACAUUGAAACUUACCUGAGGAAGGAAAAACCUUGGAAACACCUCAUUUUUGUGCUUAACAAAUGUGACCUUGUUCCAACCUGGGCAACAAAACGGUGGGUUGCCGUCCUCUCCCAGGAUUAUCCAACACUUGCUUUCCAUGCAAGCCUUACUAACCCGUUUGGCAAGGGAGCCUUCAUUCAGCUUCUGCGGCAGUUUGGAAAGUUGCACACUGACAAGAAACAGAUCAGUGUUGGGUUCAUUGGCUAUCCAAAUGUUGGCAAGAGCUCUGUGAUAAACACAUUGCGUUCUAAGAAAGUUUGCAACGUGGCUCCCAUUGCAGGCGAAACAAAGGUCUGGCAGUAUAUUACUUUGAUGCGUCGGAUAUUCUUGAUUGACUGUCCAGGUGUGGUUUACCCCUCUGAGGACUCCGAGACAGACAUUGUGCUAAAAGGAGUUGUUCAAGUGGAAAAAAUUAAGACUCCUGAAGACCACAUUGGUGCUGUACUUGAACGCGCAAAGCCAGAAUAUAUCAGCAAAACAUACAAGAUUGAUUCUUGGGAGAAUGCUGAGGACUUUCUUGAGAAGCUCGCUUUCCGGACUGGGAAGUUACUAAAGGGUGGAGAGCCCGACUUGCAGACUGUGGGUAAGAUGGUCCUCAAUGACUGGCAGAGGGGCCGGAUUCCUUUCUUUGUCAAGCCACCCAAUGCAGAGCCACCUGUGGCCCCCCAGGUACAGCUUCCACCCUCCUCAUCUUUGGAAGUUGUCCCAGAAGCAGCCCAGCAUAAUCCAGGAGAGGAAUUCACCGAAAUUGCAGGUGAAGGGUCAGAAUCCAUCAUUAAGAAAGAAACGGAAGAGAACAGUCACUGCGAUGCUAACACAGAGAUGCAGCAGAUUCUCGCACGGGUUCGGCAGAACUUUGGUAAAAUCAACGUGGUGCCUCAGUUUUCUGAGGAUGACCUGGUUCCUGUAGAGGUGUCAGAUCUUGAGGAAGCGCUUGACAGCUUUUCUGAUGAAGAGGUGGAGGAGCAGGAGCAACAGAGAGAUGCUGUGGAAGAGUCUUCCUCGGAAUCCGAGGAGGAACAUGUGGGAAAUGACACCAAAGCUGUUAUUAAAGCCCUGGAUGAGAAGAUCGCCAAAUAUCAGAAGUUUUUAGACAAAGCCAAAGCCAAAAAGUUUUCGGCAGUCAGAAUAUCCAAGGGACUGAGUGAAAAGAUAUUUGCAAAACCUGAAGAACGAAGAAAAACACUAGAAGAAGAUAUAGGUGAUACAGCACCUUCCAAAAAGGGAAAGAAGCGGAAGGCACAAAGGGAAGAGGAACAGGAACAUUCAAAUAAAGCUCCCAGGGUGCUUACAUCAAAAGAACGGAGGCGAGCAGAACGGCAGCAACGGCCGAAAAAAGUUGGUGUGCGCUACUAUGAAACACACAACGUGAAAAACAGGAACAGGAACAAAAAGAAGACCAAUGACACGGAGGGACAGAAACACAAACACAAAAAAUUCAGAUAAGAGAGUCAUGUUCAAAAGGUUUUUAUUAAAUUAUACAAAAACAUGCAA